GGCCGUACAGGGCCUGGCUGACGCUGCGGCCGACGGCUCCGUUGCUGCUGCGGUUGCGAGGGCUGCAGCAGGCAGUGCUGGCUGUACGGCAGCAGGCGGUAGUGGCUGUACGGCAGCAGGCAGUGCUGGCUGUACGGCAGCAGGCGGUAGUGGCUGUACGGCAGCAGGCGGUGGUGGCUGUACGGCAGCAGCGAGGGUGUUGGGGGCGGGGGCGGCUGAGGGGCUGUCGGAGCUGCGGGAUGUGGUGGCGCGGCGGGUGCUGCGGGAGGGCGUGGAGGGCCUCCCCCUCCGCCUCCUCGCAGCCCUCGCGCUCUGCCUGCCGCCGCUACCCGAGCCCCCCUCAGAGUGGCCCGCUGCAACAACAACAACAGCAACAACAACAGCAGCAGCAGCAACGCCCACGCAGCGUCAAACCACCGUGACAGUCUACUCUCCGCCUCAUCCGCCGCCGCCGCCGCCGCCAGCCAGACGGAGGUGGCUCUGGCGAUCAAGCUCUCCUCCUCCAGAUCCCCCUCCAGAUCCCCCUUCUGCUCCCGACCUUGAGGAGGCAGAGGCUGAGGCGGCAGCUGUGACCCUGCGGAGUCACCUCAACGGCGGCAUGGCCCCCUCCCCGCCACCCGGGGGCCUGCGCUCCUCCUCUUCCUCCUUCAGCCAUGCCACCACACGCGACGCUGCCGGCGCUGCCUCAGCACAGCUGCCGCAUGAGCCCACAACGGCCGGCAUCCCAGAUCUCACAUCACCUCCUCCAGCAGAACAAGAUGAGCAGCAGCAGCAGCAGCAAGAGCAGCGCCGGCAGCAGCAGCGGUACGAGCAGCGGCAGCAGGUCUCGGAGCUCCUCACCAGCUCCCUCAGUGACCGUCUGUUGCACCAGGGAGAGGCUCAUGUCGUACACAUCGAGGAUACGGCAGCCACGUUUCUGGAUCUAGCCGCCGCCGGCACCCUCCGUACGCAUCCCGACCUGGCGGCGGCGCUGCUCGACGGAACCGCCUUCCGACUCGCCGACGACGCCGGCGGCGCCGCAUUGACACGCAUCACCGCGGCGCUGGCGGCGGGCGGCGCUGACCCGUGGGUCUCUCACUGCCUCUCCCGCGGCUUAAUGGACGAGAUCGCUGCUGCCGUACAGCGGCGCUUGCGGCUGCAGCAGCACCACCACCACCACCCUAAUUCGCA